UGCGGGCGCAGUCGGGAUGGGAGAGGACACGGUGAGGAAGGAGUCCGCUUUCUAACCAUGGAGAUUUUGCUGCUGAGCAGCGUGCGCUCUUGGAAUAAGGACUUAAAAGACUUGUAUAUCUCAUGCUCUUUCUCCUCCUCCCCUUUUCUCUCUGUUUUCAAAUGCAUAUGAGAGACUUGUUUGGAGGAUGUGGAACAUUGCGGAGAGAAGAAAAAUGCAAUUUCAUGUAUAUUUUUAUUGUGAAAUGUGCGCUCAAGUCUUAAUUGGAUAUUUCUUUUUUCGGAUUAUUUUCGCAUAUUAAUUUUUUGUAAAAAUCAAAACUGGACUUAAAAAUGGAUUUCUUUAAUAUCUCCAGCCUGGACGACGGGGUAGAGGCAGAGAAUAUCUCCUCUAAUUCCACCUCUGAGAGCCAGUACACCCUGCUCGCUAUCUGGGGUCUUGCUGGACUUGUCAGCUUCCUGAUUUUGUUUACAAUAGUCGGGAACGUUUUGGUUGUUAUCGCUGUUUUAACGAGCAGAGCUCUAAAACCACCCCAGAACCUCUUUCUCGUCUCCUUGGCCAGUGCGGACAUACUGGUAGCCACUCUGGUCAUGCCCUUUUCACUGGCAAAUGAACUUAUGGGCUUCUGGUUUUUUGGCAAAAUUUGGUGUGACAUCUAUCUAGCUCUGGAUGUUUUGUUCUGCACCUCUUCUAUUGUUCACCUUUGCGCUAUUAGUUUGGACAGGUACUGGUCUGUGACACAGGCUGUAGAGUACAACUUAAAGAGAACACCUAAACGAGUUAAAGGCAUGAUUGUUGUGGUCUGGUUGAUCUCAGCCAUAAUAUCCUUCCCUCCACUGAUAUCAAUGGACAGAAGCAGCAGCGAGGCCAGUCCCCAGUGUAUGCUGAAUGAUGAGACCUGGUACAUCCUCUACUCCAGCAUAGGAUCAUUCUUUGCUCCCUGUGUUAUUAUGAUCCUGGUCUAUAUUCGGAUCUACCAAGUGGCAAAAACCAGGACCAGAACAUUGUCAGAGAAGAAAAGGGAUGUGGAUUCACCACUGGAGAAUGGGAUGGACCAAGCUGAACCGGGCAUAGGUGGGUCUUUAAAGUCCAACAGGGGCGGGAGCAUGAAAAAUCAGGAACGCCAAAAUGGGCAUUGCCAUGAGCAAGCAGUUCGAGCCCCCCUACCAAACGAGCCAAAACAUCCAACAGACAACGAUGAUGACUUUGAAGAUAGUAGCUCGUCAGACGAGAAACUUAAAAAAAGUUCUUGCUCCUCAAAACAUCAUCAUGAAGACAGAAAAGAUAGGAAGGCUAGCAGAAAGAGCAGCUCCGCCUCUAAAUACUCCAGCAGGAAGUCGCGUGCCAGUUCCAAAUCCAUAGACUUGUUUUCAUCUCGUCGUAAACGUCGGAGCACUGUCAAUCGGAAGAAAGUCUCAGCUGCUCGGGAGAAACGCUUCACCUUCGUCCUUGCUGUGGUCAUGGGCGUAUUUGUUGUUUGCUGGUUCCCAUUCUUCUUCUCCUACAGUCUGUAUGGAAUCUGCCGUGAACCAUGCAAGAUCCCUCUAACACUUUUCAAGUUCUUUUUUUGGAUUGGCUACUGCAACAGCUCACUAAACCCAGUAAUCUACACUAUCUUCAACCAGGACUUCCGCAGAGCCUUCCAGAAAAUCCUUUGUAAGUCAUGGAAACGCUCUUUUUGAAGGAUACAGCACGGCUGGGUGUGUAAUAGACAUUUUACUUUGCAGACAAUAAGCUAUGCUGUUCUGAACCGUUUGAUAAUGUGCUGGCCUCGGGUGUUUUCACAUCUGUACUUUCAGGGACUGCAUUAGAAAUGAAGGCAUGAUUAACAGACCUAACAAAUGCACAAAGAAGGGGCUCAAACUACAGGUUCUCUGAUAAUAUUCACAGAGGCUUAUUUGAUGACUUUUAGGCUGUUUUUCCCUGAUGUGGGCUUUGAUUCACCCUAUACUACUUUUCUCUUCACCUAAAUAACAUAAAUGGUUUCCUAACAGGUACUGAUGCAUGCCUGCCACAGUGGCUGCACUUCAUGAACUUCCCAGGAGGCAAAGGGUUUACAGAGACAGAGCCAAUUUACAAUGUGACCUCAUUCACUGACUAUAAUGCGAAGGCCUUGACAAUCUCCUCACAACUGUUGUUUGUGACGUUAGAUAAUAGUAUGUAUCUUUUCUCUCUAUCUAUAAAUCUGUUUUUCUUUAACUUCCUAUGUCACACUCUCGACAGGAGGACCAAUGGGACGAAGGGGCUCUUUGCUUACUGUUAAAGUAGCAAAAGUGUUUCACACAAAAAACUAACGAAAGAAAAAAAAAAAAGACAUCUUGAAAAACAACAAAUUCAUAUUUCUGCCUCAGUGUUCUGUGUGAACUUAAAAAUGUCUAAACUGUGUGCUGCAGUGGAAACUUUCAUCAUGUUAUGGUGGACUUUGAUUGGACGACACGUGCAGUACAGUGGUAUCACAGACAGGUAUGUUCACCUUCCUCACACUGCCGAGGAAAGCUGAUGGAAUACUGAGGUAGUACUGAAGCAGAUGGGCAUCUACUGAGGCAUUCACUGUUUGUGCAUAUUUGUAUGUGUGUGUGUGUGUGUGUAUGUGUGUGUGUGCAGUCUGGGGGGUUUACCGCAUCUUAUCCCACCUGCCUGUUAGUGAAUGUGUGUGCAUGUCUGAAUGUUUGCGUGUAAGCCUACUUUUCCCAAAUGGCCUGAUUCUUUCUGGUCAAAUGUGUAUCUAUUCUUCUGCUUCUUAUUUUUGUCAUUCAACUUCUCUCCCUUAUAGCCACAGUUAAAACCAAACACCUUAUUGCUGUUUCAGUGUAUGCUGCUCACACCCAUAUAUAGUAAGAACACACAUAUACGUCAUUAUCACAGCACAGAGAUAAAACUGAUUUAUACAGCAUUUGUAGCCAGAAGGGCAGAUGCUUUGUUCAAGUGUAAAUAAUUACGAUGAUACAGUAUUAUUGUGUGGUGCCGCAUAAUCACACGUGUAUCCCGUUCUCACUCCCGAGGCGUAACAUCCCGACGUUUUGUCACGUCCUGCGGCGUUCCUGAGGAACGCGAAAGGUGGCCUUCCGCGUUCUUAUGGUACGCGCAGGGUUAUGGAUGAAAUCCAGUGGAAUGAUGCUCCCGUUCCAGCCCUGUAUUCCAGCCCUAAACCUAACCUUAUCCCUAAGCCUAACCAUAACCUUAUUCCUAACCGUAACCAGCACUUUAAUGACGUUAAACAGUGUUUUCCCAAGCGAUUUUAAGAAAAAGAGCAAACAUGUGUAGAUUGAGUCCAAACGGUUCUCAUAUUUCCUCAUUUUUUCCGAUGUCGUCAUUUAGGAACGUGUUGGGUGCCCGAAAACGUAAUAUGUUGACGAUUUGUCACCUAGCGUAAAAUGUUAGGCUUUGGGAGUGAGAACGUGUUGGAUAACAAUAUUUUGUUUGUAAAAUGAACAACACUCUGCAAGAUUUCUAUGUUACACCAACCUCUGUCCUUUUCUAAAAGAACAAGUGUUUACUUCUCUGCUUUGAACACAUCUGAAAAGAUCAAAUAAAGAAAUCUCUUAAGCUGUCUUCUGAAGACUACAAGAGUGCAUUAGUGCAAUUGUUGUUACUGUACGGGAUUUUUUGCUGCUCUGCCACUGUUGGUAUAAAAUGCACACCGUCUGAGUGAUCCAUUGAUUUACUUCCUCAAAUUUCUGAUUGCACCUUGACUUCUCACUGCAGCUACAUGCUAAGCCAGUUUGUUACCAGUCUUGAUUUUGCUUUGUACAAAGAGGGAAGACUUGCCAUCACAUACACUCACCUCCUUCACUAACAGCCGGGCUGACUAAGUGAAAUGGUGAAUAGGUCAAAACCAGCAGGCAGCUAUCUAGCAAAUCCCCGGGAUACUGGUAAUGUCAUGCUACAUGCUUAAAUACUUGAUUCUGAUUUCACUCGAUUUUAACCAAUAUAUAAUUUAGUCAAUAUUGGCAGAUAUGACAGAUAUAUAUCCAAUAUAUGUGUUACCCAAUAGGAAACUAAUUGCUUUUGUUUCUUUUUUUUUUUUUUAACAAAUAUGUGCAGAAAAUAAGGGCCAGUGUAAUUUAGAACUGAUGUUAUCACAUAAUUUGUCCAGUGCAGCAGCUCUGACUCCAUUAUUUACAAUACUGUCAACACAUGUAACAGAGUACGUGUCAAGGCCAAGCAGAUUGUGGUGCAGUCAAGCAGUGUCUUCAUGGUACGCAACAUAGUGGAGUGCACUGCUGGUAAGUUAAUAAAAAACGAUCUCAUUGUUUUACC